CUCGUCUGUCGGCCGUUCAAAUAGGCUCGUCAGAGCCCGGCGCAGCUCAGAGUCGGCCCAGGUGCUGAUUGAAGGCGACGCGCGCACUGCCCACAGCGGACCACGACGACGCCUCCGGCGGCCUACCGGCAACAGCAGCAGCAGCGGGACCGAAGCAACAGGUGACUGCGGCCGUGAGCAUCGUUCCUCCCACUUGAGCAUCGUUCCUCCCACUUGAAGAUGCGCGUCUACGUGCUCCUUCUUCUGGUGGCCGUGGUGCUUGUGGCGCUCGUGCACGCGAGCAGCGCCAAGCGGCCGCAGCACGGCGGCGAAGGCGGCGUCGAGCAGCACGGCGCCAAGAAGCACCACCACAAGGAGCGCCGCCACGAUGCCAAGCACCACGAAGGAAAAGGGCGCAAGGGCAAGCACGGCAAGAAGCAGCAGCACGAGAGCUCUGCGUGGGCGUCCGAGCGCAGCGAGCAGUCCCGUCACCAGGAGCAGCCGCAGCAAGAUGGCGAGCAGUCGACCCAGAAGGGACUCGAGGCCACCAAGUCAGCUAAAAACAAGCAGCAAUACAAGAACAAGCAAGCCGGCAAGGAGGCAGCAGUUGACGGCAAGGGCCGUAAACAACAGAAGCAAAAGGAGAAACUGGGCAAAGACCAAGCUGCAACGCAAGAGAAGCAGUCGAAGUACGCCAAGAAGGUCGACAAAGUGAAGCAGGUGAAAGAGCCCAAGCUUCAAAAGGAAGCGCAGCUCCACAAGAGUCUGCGCAGCAGCCGGAGCCGGCCAAAUACCACAAGCAGGACGAACAGCCGCAGCAACCCGCCGAGCAGCUUCAGCAAGCACCGAAGGACCUUUGUGCCGACAGUAGGAACCAGCAGCCAGGCUCGGCCACUAAGUGCCAAACAGGUUCCCAGCAGGUCCCCGUGACGCAGGCUGCUGCCCCUGCUGCCGCCGGUGUAGGCCCCAGCCCAGUGUGCCCCCAAUCGAAGACGUCGAUGGGCCACGGCUGCGUACAGUCUUGCGCCUGUCCCGACACGGCUGUGUGCUUCGCCGCGACGGGCAACACCAGGGGCGUCUGCAAGCUCCCCGAGCCGGACGACCUGACCCGCGGCUUCUUACCUUCCGUGAAACGCGAGGGACGCAGUUGCAGUCUUCCAGUGACGAGUCAGCUACCACUCCCCCCCCCCCCUCUCUCUCAGUAUUCUUCAUUUCCCGUGAUCCUUCUGUAUUGGAUGUGUACCCGUGGUCGUCUUCCCUCGCGUGCGCAGCAUCGUCUUAAAGGGACACCUCAAGAUAAAAACAAUUUUUUCUAGUGUUAGUCGACUGUUUUUUCACGAUUCGAAGAUCACCACGCUUCUUGCUACGAGAAGACGCUCGGUACGCGGGAAAACGUUGCAAAGAAAAUGCGGCUGGCGACGGCACCAUGAAGCUCCCGCAGCAGUCGCCGCCGUGACGUCAUGGAUUUUUUGAUGGAGUCUACCAUGACCCCCCGUCUGUCAUCAUCUUAACCAGUAAAAAUCAAGCACGUUAUCUUUUGAGGGAACCACAAAUUUGAAAUACAAACUUAAGAGAAUUUCGUAAUCAGACAGUGUGAUCAAAAUACGAAGAAAUAAGGAACGGGAAUCCGUGGACGUAACCAUCAAAGAUUUCGUCAGGAAAGUUAAAAGUGAUACUUCUGACAUUGAUUUUUGUAUCAACUAAUGGCGGUGAAAUCAACGGCACUAGAGUAUUCAGAGGGUAACCUAUCAGCCUAAGAGAGAGAGAGGAGUAAACGUUUAUUUUGAAACAGUGCCCCGAGCAAUGCCCGGUGUCACCUAAUAUCAGCCUAAACUAUAUUAUUAUUUCUCUUUAGUGUCCCUUUAAUCCUCGAGCAUUAGCGCUUUUUUAUUUUUUGUUUCUGUGACAACUAGAACACAGUUGAGGAGCCUGCUAACUUCGCUUUUUCUUCUCUCGCGUAAUGUGGUAAAAGCUGUCGCUGCUGCACAGUUGUUAGAUGCACCAAUGACUUUUUUGCGCACUUUAGCUGAGCCUUAGUUGUUGGCAGACACAUUGCACCACGUUCAGACCCGCGAGCAUAUACAUAUAGAAGUUGUGUCCCAAUGCAUCACAGCACUCAUUUCAUGCAGUACGUUACAAUAGCGAAUUGGGUGGAAGCCCCAAAUGCUAGAGCUACAUGUGCGAGUUUAUAUCGUACGUCUAAUUCAAGUGUUAGAACGCUGCAGUGAAUGAUGCCUCCCGUAAAAAGAAGGUAGAUUUGUAUGAAUAUCUGUUGUAGACCAAGUGAAACAAGCCUUGUGAAGGAAUGUUAAUGGCUUAAUUUCCCUAAACCAAACUUCCUUUUUUUUUCCUUUCGAGCGUUUGAUGGUAGCGUAGGACUGUUGUUACAGUUUGAGGAAGAAAAGCGAAAGUACAGCCUGUUUUUACUUGACGCAGAUUUAGCACGUAGAAACGAGAUUACAGUACACCUUUUCUCCGGUAACACAAAACAAGCACGAAUUCUUUUACUUUGCUGUAAUGGCUUCUGAAAGGUGAUGAUAGCAUGCAUGUGUGACUGUUGUUUAAGCUGUUCACAACAUUGACGCGUCACCCAAAAUAUGAUGUGGUUUAAUGUGGUUCCUCCCUCACGAUUUCGAGCUUCCAGCUAUCACUACACAUAGCUUAGACCAGAAACCACGCAUUUAUAUUUGGCCGUCUGGGGAUAUACAUACUACAUAUGUCAAAAAAGUGUGUAACAUUCGCAGCAAGUAGUCCUUGUUUAGCCUUCGUGACAUCUCUUGUGGGCGAUGGAGAGAUCCAGGAGUGUUUUCUUGUACCAUAGGUUGCACUGCACGUUUGAGUGUUCUCUCUCUUUAUGACCAUGUGUAAAUAUUAUUUGUAUGAAUAAACUAAAAUGUUGUUGUAA